AUGCUGACGGUGACGACCGCACCAACGCAUCCGCCACACACGGAAAACGCAGACGAAGCACACAACAGCACCAUGUCGAACAAACUGAACAAUCCGAAGCGUCGCGAGGUAACGGGUUCGUCAUCGUCGAACUCCUCCAUAUCUUCGGUCGGUGCUGGGGACAAUGGUAUAUCAGCCGACCUGGCCUCACUUUUCGAGUGUCCCGUGUGCUUCGAUUAUGUGCUGCCUCCGAUACUGCAGUGCCAGAGCGGCCACCUCGUCUGUACCAGCUGCCGUUCGAAGCUGACAUGCUGUCCCACCUGUCGCGGUUCGCUCGGUAACAUUCGCAACCUGGCGAUGGAGAAAGUGGCCUCGAAUGUGAAAUUUCCCUGCAAACACUCCAACCACGGGUGCACCAUUUCGCUCGUGUACACCGAGAAGGCGGAACACGAGGAGGCGUGCGAGUUUCGACCGUAUCUGUGUCCCUGUCCUGGUGCAUCCUGUAAGUGGCAGGGGUCGCUAGACUUCGUAAUGCCUCAUCUGAUGAUGUCGCACAAGAGCAUUACCACACUGCAGGGCGAGGACAUCGUGUUUCUGGCAACCGAUAUCAACCUGCCGGGCGCAGUCGAUUGGGUGAUGAUGCAGUCCUGUUUCGGCCAUCACUUUAUGCUGGUGCUGGAGAAGCAGGAAAAGUACGAUGGCCACCAGCAGUUCUACGCCAUCGUGCAGCUGAUCGGUUCGCGGAAAGAGGCCGAAAACUUUGCCUACCGGUUGGAGCUAAACGGCAACCGGCGUCGACUAACGUGGGAAGCGAUGCCGCGGUCUAUCCAUGAAGGAGUUGCCAGCGCGAUCCUCAACUCGGACUGUCUCGUGUUUGACACAUCGAUCGCCCAGCUGUUUGCCGACAAUGGUAAUCUGGGUAUCAAUGUUACUAUUUCCGUUGUUUAA